ACUUGCACUGUGAACUAUUCACAAUUGUCCCUCAACGUUCGAUGCUUUUACAAAUCUGUUGACGAUUCAGCAGAAACCAAUCUGCCAGACUCAAUUCUAACUUCAGUCAACAGCAUUAUAAGACCUCAUCCCGCCUAGCAGCCGAUGAGAGGCACCACCCCCCAUGGCCAGCCGAGCGAAGCAGCUCCACGCGUACUACCUGACGGCCGGGUUCAAUGACCCUGACAGGUGGGCGCGCCUCGUCAAGGAGUACGCCGUCAAUUCCUCCCUACAGGAAGCCGCCCUCGUCUACGCCAAGAAUCUGCCCCGGCAAACGCAUCACCUGCCGCUCCUACCCGUCCUCCUCAAGGCCGCCGCCUCCCGGGCCGAGCCCCGCUUCGGUAGAUCCCUCCACGCCGAAGCCGUCAAGGCCGCCUUUGCCCAGGACCUGCUCGUGGGCACCACGCUGGUGUCCAUGUACUGCAAGUGCGGCCUCAUCGCCGACGCGCGCGGCGUGUUCGACGGAAUGCCGGAGAGGAACGUCGUCACGUGCAACGCGAUGCUCGCCGGGUACGCCGCGGCGGGCGACAUGGGCCAGGCCGAGGCGCUGUUCUCUCACAUGGGUUCCCGGACGCCUGUCACGUGGGCGACGGUGAUACGUGGGUUUGCGGAGAAGGGCGACAUGGCGGAGGCCCGGAGGUGGUUCGAGGCGAUGCCGAUGGGUUUGCGGACCGUCGUCACGUGGACCGUGGUCGUGCACGGUUAUGUGGCCGCUGGUGAUAUGGAGACCGCGAGGGAGAUGUUCGACGCGAUGCCCGUGAGGAACGUGUUUGUGUGGUCGUCGAUGAUCACUGGUUACUUCAAGGCCGGUAGUGCCGAUGAUGCGCAAGAGAUGUUCGACAGAAUUCCGGUGCGGAACUUGGUGAACUGGAAUGCGCUGAUUGCCGGGUAUGCGCAAAUUGGGUGCUGUGAGGAGGCACUGCAGGCUUUUCACCGGAUGUUGGAGGACAGGGUCAAGCCGGACGAGUUCACCAUGGCUAGUUUGUUGUCUGCCUGCGCGCAGCUUGGGUCACUAGAGCAAGGACGAAAGGUCCACGAUUUCAUCAACAAGAAGCAUAUCCGGAAGAACCACUUUGUUUUGAAUGGCUUGGUUGAUAUGUACGCCAAGUGUGGUGACCUCGCAUAUGCACGAACGGUUUUCGACAACAUGCACCGGAGGAACACUGAAUGCUGGAACACAAUGAUCUCUGCACUUGCUAGCCAUGGCAGGAGCGAUGAGGCAAUACGUCUGUUCUCCCAGAUGGAGUGUUCGGAGCAGAAGCCUAACGAGAUCACCCUUCUCGCCGUGCUUGGAGCUUGCACGCACGGAGGGUUUGUGGAGGAAGGUUUAAGAAUCUUCAACAGUUUUGGCGUGUAUGGAGUUGCUGCUGGAGUGGAGCACUACGGAUGCCUGGUUGAUCUCUUGGCCCGUGCUGGAAGACUUGAGGAAGCUUACGUGAUCGUCAAUAACAUGGCCGUGGAACCUAAUGAGGUCAUCUGGGGCACUCUGCUCGGAGCUUGCAGAGUGUAUGCCAAUGGAGAGAUGUCUGAACGGGUGUCAGACGAGAUCGACCGGUUGCACUCUGAUCGUGCAUCGACAAAUGAUGCAGAGUACAUCAUGCGGUCAAAUAUCUUGGCCGCAUCGGAGAGCUGGGAGCAGGCAGAGCGCGUCAGGCGAAAGAUGGCAAGCCAUGGUGUUGAGAAGACUCCAGGGUGCAGUUCAGUUGAGCUUGACAUUGCUGAAAAUAAACUGUAUUGCAGGGAGUAGAACAUCCAUGUAGCUAACUGUAAGUUCAUUUUGUUUCGUUUCACAUGUUUUUGGGUAGAAAAGUCACUUAUACCGACUCUUAGUUUUUCUGAUCAAUACCUUGGGGGUUGAACUUGAUGGAUUUGUUUCAGAAAGUUUAGCCACGGUGACUUAUUGUAAGGAAGUUCAGCUGACAUUUUUCCAGUGAAAUGCAGAUCAUACCAUUGUAUA